AGCAGUUGAGGGUUUUCAGAGACGUUACAGUUGCUGUAUAAUCCGCGGGGAUUAGGAGCUCCAUCGGUGCUGUAGGUUUUGGGAUGUAUGUCAGUAUCUAGUGGAGUUUGGGAAGUGCAGCGCGCGCUGCUUCUCUCCAUCAUGAUGCACGGAUACAGAGCGACUCCAGUCUCCAACAGCACUCUGUCUUUCUGUGGUACUGAUAACUCAUCUGCCUAUAAGGUGGAUAACGGGCUUCUGAAUAACGGCUGUUUCCUGGACGCACUGGGGCUUGUGCCACACGUCUUCCUUUUCUUCAGCACUUUUCCCAUCCUCUUCAUCGGUUGGGGCAGCCAGAGCUCUAAGGUUCAUAUCCAUCACAGCACAUGGCUGCACUUUCCUGGCCAUAACCUGCGCUGGUUGCUCACAGCCGCUCUGUUGUUUGUGCUGGUGUGUGAGGUCGCUGAGGGGAUUGUCUCAGAUGGGUUUAACCAGUCCCGCCACCUCCAUCUUUAUAUGCCUGCUGGACUGGGUAUUCUGGCAGCUAUAACCUCUAUAGUCUACUACCACAACAUAGAGACCUCCAACUUUCCCAAACUUCUGUUAGCUCUGCUCAUCUACUGGAUUUUGGCCUUUGUGACCAAAACUAUCAAGUUCACUAAAUACGAUGAACACGGAAUCGGCCUGGGGCAGCUGCGCUUCUGCAUCACAGGCUUGCUGGCUUUAAUCUACGGCCUGCUGCUGACCGUGGAGAUCAGUGUUAUACUGCGCAGGCGCUACAUAUUCUUCCCACACCCGACUGAGGUGAAGCCUCCUGAGGACCUGCAGGACCUUGGUGUGCGUUUCCUUCAGCCUUUUGUCAACCUGUUGUCCAAGAGCACAUACUGGUGGAUGAACACAUUCAUCACUUCAGCCCACAAACAGCCCAUCUACCUGAAAACCAUCGGAAAGCUACCCAUAGCUAUGAGAGCACUCACCAACUACCAGAAGCUACGUAAGGCCUUCAAUGCACAGAAGCGAGGCAUGAUCCCUGCACGAGGCCCACGGUUGAUAUGGUACGCUCUGAGGCAGGGAUUUGGAGGCCCUCUGCUCCUCAGCAUCACUCACCGCUUCGUGGCAGACCUGCUGGGCUUCACCGGGCCACUCUGCAUCUCCGGCAUCGUCCACCACAUCAGCAGUGAUAAUCACACCAUCAAACCACCGGUCAAGCUGCUAGGCAUCCAGUUCAUUUCCUCUCAGGCUUUUUUAGCGAAUGCCUAUGUGUUGGCAGUGCUGCUUUUCCUAGCUCUGCUCCUUCAGAGGACAUUCCUGCAGGCUUCCUACUACGCCGCCAUAGAGACUGGCAUUAAAAUCAGGGGAGCCAUCCAGUGUAAGAUCUACAAUAAGAUCAUGCGCCUGAGUACCUCCAACAUGUCCAUGGGAGACAUGACCAUCUCUCAGAUCUGUAAUCUGGUGGCCAGAGACACAGAGCAGCUCAUGUGGUUCUUCUUUCUUUGUCCCAACCUGUGUGCCAUGCCAGUGCAGAUCACUAUUGGCGUGAUCCUGCUGUACUACUUUUUGGGGAUCAGUGCUCUGAUUGGAGCUGCAGUGAUCGCUGUUCUUGCCCCGAUGCAAUACUUUGUCGCCACACAGCUUUCACGAACGCAGAAAAGCACACUGGAGUACUCCAGUGAGAGACUGAAGAAGACUAAUGAGAUGUUGAGGGGCAUCAAGCUGCUGAAAUUAUAUGCUUGGGAGCACAUCUUUAGAUCCAGUGUGGAGGAGACGAGAAAAAAAGAGCUGACCAGCCUCCGAGCAUUCGCCCUCUACACAUCCCUCUCCAUUUUCAUUAAUGCAGCCAUUCCAAUCGCAGCAGUUCUUACAACGUUUGUAGUACAUGCCUACGUACACAGCUCUACAGACACUGCUCUCUCUCCUGCUGUGGCAUUUGCUUCUCUCUCACUCUUCCACAUCUUGGUCACGCCCCUCUUCCUGCUUUCUAGUGUACUACACUCAACUGUUAAAGCACUUGUAAGUGUGCAGAAACUUAGCGAGUUCUUUGCUAGUGAGGAGAUUGAACUUGAUCAAGAGCCCAAAACCCCCACGCCAACUGAUACAAACAACCACAGUAACAUAAAGUCAGUUUACAUGUUGCAGCUCCAGGCCUCAAAGCUGGUUAACCGGAAGAACAAAGCCAAACAGGACAAGAACAGUAAGCUACCACAGCAGGAUCUGAACCUGAACAUGUCUGUUGUAAAUGAGGAGAAUAUCUGUCUCAAGAUCGUGAAUGGCUACUUUACUUGGACUCAGGGAUGUCCCACUCUGACCAACAUUGACAUAAAAGUUCCUUUUGGUGCGUUGACUAUGAUUGUAGGGCAGGUAGGAUGUGGAAAAUCCUCCCUACUGUUAGCUGCUCUGGGGGAAAUGCAGAAGAUCUCAGGAAGUGUGACAUGGAACAAAUUACCAGAUCAGGAAGAGGAAGAGACUAACAGGUUGUCUGUUAAUCAUGUUGCUGGCCCAAAAGCACCCGAGAAGAGAGCUUCAGUGGCCUAUGCUUCCCAGAGGCCAUGGCUCCUCAAUGCCACAGUGGAGGAGAACAUCUUGUUCGACAUGGCCCCUAACAAGAAAAGGUAUGCAGAAGUGAUCGAAGCAUGCCAGCUCCAGCCUGAUAUCGACACACUUCCCCAAGGAGAUCAAACGGUGGUCGGAGAGAGGGUUUCUCUGUCUCUUUCUCAGGGCAUUAUUCUGUCUGGUGGCCAGCGGCAGCGUAUCAGUGUAGCCAGAGCUCUUUAUCAGCAAUCUAAAGUGGUGUUCUUGGAUGAUCCAUUCUCAGCCCUGGACAUCCACCUGAGUGACCACCUGAUGUUGGAGGGAAUUCUAAAGUUCCUCAGACAGGAGAAAAGGACGGUGGUGCUGGUCACACACAAACUGCAGUACUUACCACAUGCAGACUGGAUUAUAGCUAUGAAGGAUGGGACAGUCCAGACACAAGGCACCUUAAAGGACAUCCAGUGUGCCGAGCCUGAGCUGUUUGAACACUGGAAAACCCUGAUGAACAGAAAAGAUAAGGAGAACUCUGUGGAGCUGAAGAGGAAGAGUUUCAGGAGGAUGUACUCCAGAGACACACUUGCCACAGAGGAUGAGGAAGAAGACGGUUCCCUAUGUACAGAUGAGGACAGCCUGACAGCCGAGCUGCGUCAGAGGAACACAAUGCUAUGGGGCCCUUUGGGGACGUACCUGCGAACAGCUGGCCUCCUGCUGCUUCCGCUGCUCAUCCUGUCACAGCUCACCAAACACUCACUCAUGCUAGCGAUAGACUACUGGCUCGCCCACUGGACGUCUCAGGCCAUCACAGCUCGUACUGACAGUACAGAGAGGAACUGCACAUCUACACAGGACUGUGUGCUGAGUCAUUCUCUGUACCUGCAGGUGUUUUGUGUCUUGUGUUUUCUGGGUAUCGUGUUAUGUUUGAUCACCUCUGUGGCCGUGGAGUGGACGGGACUCCGGGUCGCUCAGGAGCUCCACUGCAGUCUUCUCCAUAUCAUCAUCCUCGCGCCGAUGAGGUUGUUUGAGACGACUCCUCUCGGGAAUAUUCUUAACCGAUUCUCUGGUGACAUCAACAUCAUUGAUCAGCACAUCCCGGGUACCAUGGAGUGUUUGAGCCGCUCCACUCUUCUGUGUGUGUCAGCGGUGGGCAUCAUAUCUUACAUCACCCCGGUCUUCCUCAUCGCUCUGCUCCCACUGGCUAUCAUCUGCUAUUUUAUUCAGAAGUACUUCCGGGUGGCAUCCAGGGAUCUGCAGCAGUUAGAGGACAGCACCCAGAUCCCCCUGCUGUCCCACUACUCAGUGACUAUAGAGGGUCUCACCACCAUCAGAGCCUUUAGACACGAACAAAGAUUUAAGAAGAGACUUUUGGAAUACACCGAUGCCAAUAACAUCGCCUCGCUCUUUCUCACAGCAGCCAAUCGCUGGCUCGAAGUUCGCAUGGAGUACAUCGGGGCGUUUGUAGUGCUGAUAGCAGCCGUGGCUUCAAUCAGCAGUGAGCUCUCAGCUGGAUUAGUGGGUCUGGGCCUCACCUACGCUCUCAUGGUAUCGAACUACCUGAACUGGAUGGUGCGUAACCUGGCUGAUAUGGAAGUACAACUCGGCUGUGUGAAGAGGAUCAGCAGUCUGCUCAACACAGAGCCUGAGAACUACGAUGGAGAAAUGACUCCAGCCCAGGUUCCAGCAGGUUGGCCCAAAUAUGGCGAGAUCCAAAUAAAGAACCUGAGCGUGAGAUAUGAUAGCAGCCUAAAACCCGUCCUAAAGCGUGUCCAUGCUCACAUCAAACCUGGACAAAAGGUGGGGAUAUGUGGACGAACAGGAAGUGGAAAGUCUUCCUUCUCCUUGGCUCUUUUUCGAAUGGUAGACACAUGCGAGGGUCGAAUUAUUAUUGAUGGGAUUGAUAUCGCUAAACUGCCCCUUCAAACCCUGCGCUCCAAAUUUUCUAUCAUUCUUCAGGACCCUAUUUUAUUCAGUGGAACAAUUCGAUUUAAUCUAGAUCCAGAGAGAAAGGCCACUGACCGGAUGCUGUGGGAAGCUCUGGAUAUCGCUCAGCUCACACCCGUGGUGGAAGCUUUACCUGGAGGACUAGACACCAUGGUGACAGAGGGAGGAGAAAACUUCAGCCAGGGGCAACGGCAGCUCUUCUGUCUGGCCCGAGCGUUUGUGAGGAAGAGCAGCAUCCUCAUCAUGGAUGAAGCCACAGCGUCGAUCGACAUGGCCACUGAGAGCAUUCUACAAAAAGUCGUUAUGACUGCUUUUGCAGAUCGGACGGUCGUAAACAUUGCUCAUCGUGUGCACACCAUCCUGGGCUCAGACGUGGUCAUCGUGAUGAAGCGUGGAGCCAUUCUGGAAUACGACAGACCCGAUGUCCUCCUGGAGCAGAAAGACAGCGUUUUCUAUUCUUUCGUCCGAGCAGACAAGUGAGAACGACGACGAGGAGUGUGCGUGUCAUGAACAGGGCAGGACAAAGGGAUUUUGCUAUGAUCUGUAUAUAAAUUUCUAAAUGUAUAAUUACGAACAAAUAAUAUGAAACUUGCAACCAGUAACUGAACCUAUAACGUCUUUCAAACGGUUCUAAUAUAAAGCCAGUUUCCUACAAAAAGUCUCCAUU